UCCUGGAGAGUAGAUAAGAGCAGCUCCCGCUAGUUCAGCUUCAUCACAAACCAUGUUCCCUGCAUCUCUGCUGCUGCUACUGGCAGCUGCCUCCUGUGUUCACUGUGAAGAACUCACUCAGCCAGCCUCCAUGACUGUCCAGCCAGGUCAACCACUGACCAUCUCCUGUAAAGUCUCAUACUCUGUAUCUAGCUACUGGACAGCUUGGAUCCGACAACCUGCAGGGAAAGGACUGGAGUGGAUUGGGCAAAUAUAUACUGUAAACACAAUCUACAAGGAUUCACUGAAAAACAAGUUCAGCCUCAGUUUAGACUCCACCAGCAAUACUGUGACUAUAACAGGACAGAACCUACAGACUGAAGACACAGCUGUGUAUUAUUGUGCCAGAGACUCACAGAAGCGUUACUACUUUGACUAUUGGGGGAAAGGGACAAUGGUCACAGUAUCAUCAGCCUCCCCAACUGCCCCGACCCUGUACCCUCUGAUGCAAUGUGGCUCCGGGGCCGGAGAUAUGCUGACUCUAGGUUGUAUUGCCACCGGCUUUACGCCUGUCUCCCUCACCUUCAAAUGGAAGGACACCGACGAGAGUGCCUUGACUGACUUUGUCCAGUACCCGGUUGUCCAGACCGGUGAAAAGUACAUGGGAGUCAGUCAGCUCAUCGUAAAGAGAUCAGACUGGGAUGAGAAGAAGACUUUCAAAUGUGCCGUGGAACAUUCAGCUGGCUCAAAGGAACGGGUCAUUCCUCCAAAAAUCACCCUAAAUCCUCUCUGGGAGGAAGUGGAGGGAGGAUUGAAGGUGGAACUCCUCUGCAUCCUGAGUGGGUUCUACCCCGACGAGCUGAGUGUGGAGUGGCUGCUGGAUGGCAAGGCUCUGACCAACUCUCCAGUCCAGCGGAAGCUGCAGAGUGUAGAAGGUGAGGAGAAAACUUUCAGCCUGAGCAGCCAGCUGGAGCUGGACCGGAGCCAAUGGACUCAAGGGUCAGACGUCACAUGCAAGGCCAACCACAAUGCAGCACAAGGACCACCUCCAGGACCACCAGUCUCUAGGACCACCAGCAUUUGCUCAGCGUUUCCCUCGUCUACUCCAUCCAUCCACCUGGAGACCCCCAGAUUCAGGACAGUGAUGACACAGACUGAGGUAACAGCUACAUGUGUGGUCCACUCUGCGUAUGAUGCCAAAGUGACCUGGCUUCUGGAUGGAAAAGACCCAACCUGCAGGACCCCAGUGAACCAGGCCAGCAGCACAACUCAGAGUAUCAGCAGUAACCUGACUCUUCCCUCAAGCCAAUGGAAAACCCUGAACACAAUAACAUGCAGAGCUGAACAUCGCUGCUUCAAACUCACACAGAAGACCAGUAAUGUUAAAGGACCUGCAGUGAGCAGCACUCCCACAGUGCUGAUCAGGAGGUCUCUCCCAGACUUACUGAAUGGAGACAGUGCUGUGCUGGAGUGUGCCAUCACACAACUCUCCUCCAGUGACCUCUACGUCACCUUUCUGGCCAAUGGGGUUGAUUUCCCUGAGAAACAGUAUGUCGAUCUGCCUGCCUCCAAAGACCACCAUUCACUCACCAGACGCUUCUCUGUCCUCACAUCACACUGGAAAACACACAGCACUUUCACCUGUAAAGUAAACCAAGGCUUCUCCAACAGCUGGGUGUCUAACUCCACAGGAAAGCUUUUUGGUGAACCGUCCAUGGAGCUCCUUCUAGCUCCCAGUGAGGAGACGUCAGGCUCAGGGACCCAAACUGGGUGGGGCUUCAACCCUCAGAUCAAGUGGCUCUCUUGGUUUGAACAGAGGUCUGCAGCAGCCUAUGAGAUUAGGAUGGGGGAAGACGAAUGUGUGGCAGUAACCAGUCAUAUCACAGUAACACAGCAGGAGUGGAACCAGGGGAAGGACUUCACCUGUGAGGUCAUCGACUAGUAUCUUCAGAAAGAGGAUCUUCAGAAAGUCAGGAAGAGCAUCAAUAGAUGUGCAGUGACUCCAAUAUCAUCUCAAAAAGUUGGGGUUUACCUACAGGGACCCACUCUUCGGGAGUUGAGUACAGAUGGACAGGUGCCUGUCACCUGCCUGCUGGUGGGUCCCAGCCUUGAGGACUUUUCUGUUAGCUGGAAGGUGGAUGGGGUUGCUUCCCAAGGUGGGGUCAGAUGGGCCCCGAAGGACCAUUCCAAUGGGACACAGACUGUGCAGAUCAUGUUUAACGUGUCUGCGAGGGACUGGCAUGCACACAAACGUGUGUUGUGUGAGGUGAAGCACCGCUGCUCCAGCCAAGCCCAGGAGGAGCAUAUCACCAAAUGCAGAGAUCCCAAGCCACCCUCUAUAAAGAUAGUGAGACCAUCAGAUUCUGACCUAUGGGGGUCAAAUAAUGCCACACUGCUUUGCUUAGUGUCUGGGUUCUUCCCCUCUGAUGUAAUAGUGAAUUGGGAGAAGGCUGGCAGUCGCCUACCUUUAUGUCACUACUCCACUAGUCCUUCAGUCCUUUAUGCAGGGAGAAGCACAUACUCCAUGAACAGUAGACUCAUUGUGCCCAGGUCCGAGUGGAAUCAGGACUCCAAUUACUCCUGUGCUGUCAGACACGAGUCGUCCGAGAGACCUAUCACCAGCACAAUAGAGAAUGUAUUUGUGCAACGGGUCAUUCCUCCAAAAAUCACCCUAAAUCCUCUCUGGGAGGAAGUGGAGGGAGGAUCGAAGGUGGGACUCCUCUGCAUCCUGAGUGGGUUCUACCCCGAUGAGCUGAGUGUGGAGUGGCUGCUGGAUGGCAAGGCUCUGACCAACUCUCCAGUCCAGCGGAAGCUGCAGAGUGUAGAAGGUGAGGAGAAAACUUUCAGCCUGAGCAGCCAGCUGGAGCUGGACCAGAGCCAAUGGACUCAAGGGUCAGAGGUCACAUGCAAGGCCACCCACAAUGCAGCACAAGGACCACCAGUCUCCAGGACCACAAGCAUUUGCUCAGCGUUUCACUCGUCUACUCCAUCCAUCCACCUGGAGACCCCCAGAUUCAGGACAGUGAUGACACAGACUGAGGUAACAGCUACAUGUGUGGUCCACUCUGCGUAUGAUGCCAAAGUGACCUGGCUUCUGGAUGGAAAAGACCCAACCAGCAGGACCCCAGUGAACCAGGCCAGCAGCACAACUCAGAGUAUCAGCAGUAACCUGACUCUUCCCUCAAGCCAAUGGAAAACCCUGAACACAAUAACAUGCAGAGCUGAACAUCGCUGCUUCAAGCCCACACAGAAGACCAGUAAUGUUAAAGGACCUGCAGUGAGCAGCACUCCCACAGUGCUGAUCAGGAGGUCUCUCCCAGACUUACUGAAUGGAGACAGUGCUGUGCUGGAGUGUGCCAUCACAAAUCUCUCCUCCAGUGACCUCUACGUCACCUUUCAGGCCAAUGGGGUUGAUUUCCCUGAGAAACAGUAUGUGGAUCUGCCUGCCUCCAAAGACCACCAUUCACUCACCAGACGCUUCUCUGUCCCCACAUCACACUGGAAAACAGACAGCACUUUCACCUGUAAAGUAAACCAAGGCUUCUCCAACAGCUGGGUGUCUAACUCCACAGGAAAGCUUUUUGGUGAACCGUCCAUGGAGCUUCUUCUAGUGCCCAGUGAGGAGACGUCAGGCUCAGGGACCCAGAAACUCAUAUGUUCUGGGUGGGGCUUCAACCCUCAGAUCAAGUGGCUCUCUGGGUUUGAACAGAGGUCUGCAGCAGCCUAUGAGAUUAUGAUGGGGGAAGACGAACGUGUGGCAGUAACCAGUCAUAUCACAGUAACACAGCAGGAGUGGAACCAGGGGAAGGACUUCACCUGUGAGGUCAUCGACAAGUAUCUUCAGAAAGAGGAACUUCAGAAAGUCAGGAAGAGCAUCAAUAGAUGUGCAGUGACUCCAAUAUCAUCUCAGAAAGUUGGGGUUUACCUACAGGGACCCACUCUUCGGAAGUUGAGUACAGAUGGACAGGUGCCUGUCACCUGCCUGCUGGUGGGUCCCAGCCUUGAGGACUUUUCUGUUAGCUGGAAGGUGGAUGGGGUUGUGGCUUCCCAAGGUGGGGUCAGAUGGGCCCCCAAGGACCAUUCCAAUGGGACACAGACUGUGCAGAUAAUGUUUAACGUGUCUGCGAGGGACUGGCAUGCACACAAACGUGUGUUGUGUGAGGUGAAGCACCGCUGCUCCAGCCAAGCCCAGGAGGAGCAUAUCACUAAAUGCAGAGAUCCCAAGCCACCCUCUAUAAAGAUAGUGAGACCAUCAGAUUCUGAUCUAUGGGGUUCAAAUAAUGCCACACUGCUUUGCUUAGUGUCUGGGUUCUUCCCCUCUGAUGUAAUAGUGAAUUGGGAGAAGGCUGGCAGUCGCCUACCUUUAUCUCACUACUCCACUAGUCCUUCAGUCCUUUAUGCAGGGAGAAGCACCUACGCCAUGAACAGUAGACUCAUCGUGCCCAGGUCCGAGUGGAAUCAGGACUCCAAUUACUCCUGUGUUGUCAGACACGAGUCGUCCGAAAGACCUAUCACCAGCACAAUAGCGAAUGUAUUUGCCUCAGUGACCCCCUCCGUACCAACAGCCACCCUGCUCCAGGGUCCCAGUGAGCUUGUCUGCCUGGUGUUUGGCUUCAGCCCUUCACACAUCAACAUCACCUGGCUGCUGGACGACAUCACAGAGCUGUGGAACCACAACACUAGCACCCCCUACAGGGCACCAGGGGGAAAGUUCAUCAUCAGGAGCCACCUGAGCCUGGCGCCCCAGGACUGGGCACCGGGGGCUGUUUACACCUGCAGGGUGACCCACACCACCCAGACUCUGGCCCUGAACAUAUCCAAACCAGAGCUCCUUGAGGUGGAGGGUGUGUUCUUUGACGAGAACAGGUCUGAUCCCAUCCUGGCGGACACUGCAGAGGAGAACUGGAACAUGGCCUGCAUCUUCCUGGUCCUCUUCCUCAUCUCCCUCCUCUACAGCAUCACAGUCACUCUGGUCAAGACAAAAUGAUGACUUCAGGACACUGGAAAGUUCAACUGGAAAUAAAACCAUUUAUUUCAACCUUUUCUUAUAUAAUCACAACAUAUUUCUUUAUAACAUUGCAUAGAUUGAAUUACUUACGGUCUCCGGUAGCAGGUUUGAUGACAGAGAAGUGUUUUGUGUUUUUUUCCCCCACAAAGACAGACAAUGUUGUGGUGCGCUUACUUGCUCUCAUCUCUUGUUAAUGCAUUAUAGAAUCUUCGAGCAGAGAUAAACAUUUAUGUUUAACCACUAUUAAAUAAAACAUACUCAUGCCAUUACUCUCUAUGAUGAAGUGUUUAGACACCAGUUAUUGCUGAAUUAUCUGCUGAUAAUAAAACAUUAUUUCAAAUGAC